AUGGCCAAAGCAACGUCUACCAAAGCCACGGAGGCAACGCCGAUGCACUGCGCGCCGCCUGGCUACUACGGCGCCACGCUACUGCCGAUGCAAAAGCAUCGGCAGCGGCCCGGCAGCUUUGUGUGGUACUGUCUUACGAGCCCGCUCCAGCCAUUUACGUGGCAACUCGUUGUCUUCCAUACACUCCACUUGCUUCUCGCUACCCUCUCGUUCCCACUUGUGCUAGCCGGCGCCGUCGCCAGCGUCGCCCUCGUCCCGCUCUGCUGCUUGGGCCUCGUCGUCGCCAAGAUUCUCGUGCGACUGGUGUCAUAUCUGACGCAACUCGAUGUCUACCUCCACAACUGCGCCACACGGCGAGGCAGCGACUGCCUCUUGCUUGGUGAGGACCUCGAUCCGUACUGUCGAGACAGCAACCGUUUGGCAACGGUCUCGAGAGCCUCGAUGUACCUCACCGGCUACUACAUGCUUCUCAAGCCUCCGCUUGCGUUGGUUGGCAGCUUCGGCGUGCUGGGGCUUUUUGGUCUUUCCUUGGCGACGAUCGCUGCGCCAUUUCUUCCGAGCCUCAACGCUCAAGGGAUCCUCCUCGUGGGCCCACCCGCAGGUGCUGGGCUUCCGAUGGUACUGCUGGGUCUGCUACGACUCUACGUCGCCAUCUUCCUUCUCCACGUGUCGGCCAGCGGCAUCAAUGCGACCACCAAGCUUGUCUCGAGCACGUACCACGAUGCGACCGCUUUAAGUUGUGGCAAGACGCACGACCUGCCGCGAGGUCUUAUCCAAGGCCAGCAAACCAUGUACUACAGCACGGUGCUUUGA